UUCGUAUGCUUCAACUUGAAACCCUAGCCGUUCGUAGCUGUUUCUCAGUUUUCGUUAUUUUUCUUCUUUGUUCUUUACAUUCUUUUCGUCUACACAACAAAUAGUUAGUAAUGGCCGGUAAAGGAGAAGGUCCAGCUAUCGGUAUCGAUCUCGGUACAACUUAUUCUUGCGUCGGUGUUUGGCAACAUGACCGUGUUGAAAUCAUCGCUAACGAUCAAGGUAACAGAACGACGCCGUCUUAUGUUGGUUUUACUGAUACCGAGCGUUUGAUCGGAGAUGCAGCAAAGAACCAGGUUGCAAUGAACCCGAUUAACACCGUGUUCGAUGCUAAGAGGUUGAUUGGUCGUAGAUUCACUGAUUCUUCAGUUCAAAGUGAUAUCAAAUUGUGGCCAUUCAAGGUCAUAGCAGGACCUGGUGACAAACCAAUGAUUGUCGUCAAUUACAAGGGCGAGGAGAAGCAAUUUGCUGCUGAGGAAAUCUCUUCUAUGGUCCUCAUUAAGAUGCGUGAAAUCGCUGAGGCUUACCUUGGUUUUACAGUUAAGAAUGCCGUGGUUACCGUCCCUGCAUACUUCAAUGAUUCUCAGCGUCAAGCGACAAAAGAUGCUGGUGUCAUUGCUGGACUCAACGUCAUGCGAAUCAUCAAUGAACCAACAGCUGCAGCCAUUGCUUACGGUCUUGACAAGAAGGCAACCAGUGUCGGUGAAAAGAAUGUCUUGAUCUUUGAUCUCGGUGGCGGUACUUUUGAUGUCUCCCUUCUCACCAUUGAAGAAGGUAUCUUUGAAGUGAAGGCCACUGCCGGAGACACUCACCUUGGAGGCGAAGAUUUCGAUAACCGAAUGGUGAACCAUUUCGUGCAAGAGUUCAAGAGAAAGAACAAGAAAGACAUUAGUGGUAACCCUAGAGCCCUUAGAAGGUUGAGGACUUCUUGCGAGAGGGCGAAAAGAACUCUUUCGUCCACCGCUCAAACCACCAUUGAAAUAGAUUCGUUAUACGAAGGUAUCGACUUUUACUCAACCAUAACCCGAGCCAGAUUUGAGGAACUCAACAUGGAUCUAUUCCGAAAGUGUAUGGAACCAGUUGAGAAAUGCUUAAGGGAUGCCAAGAUGGACAAGAGCAGUGUCCAUGAUGUCGUCCUCGUUGGUGGUUCCACUAGAAUUCCCAAAGUUCAACAACUAUUGCAGGAUUUCUUCAAUGGUAAAGAGCUUUGCAAAAGCAUCAACCCUGACGAAGCUGUCGCGUACGGUGCCGCAGUCCAAGCCGCAAUCUUAAGCGGCGAAGGCAAUGAAAAGGUACAAGACCUCCUGCUUUUAGAUGUCACCCCGUUAUCCCUCGGAUUAGAAACCGCCGGCGGUGUGAUGACUGUUUUGAUCCCAAGAAACACUACCAUCCCCACCAAGAAAGAACAGGUCUUUUCAACAUACUCCGAUAACCAACCCGGUGUAUUAAUCCAAGUUUACGAAGGUGAACGAACAAGAACAAGAGAUAACAACUUAUUAGGCAAAUUCGAACUCUCCGGCAUCCCACCGGCUCCACGAGGUGUACCGCAAAUUACUGUGUGCUUCGAUAUUGACGCCAACGGCAUCUUAAACGUUUCAGCCGAAGACAAAACAACCGGUCAAAAGAACAAAAUCACCAUCACGAACGAUAAAGGAAGACUUUCGAAAGAAGAGAUCGAAAAGAUGGUUCAAGAAGCUGAGAAAUACAAAUCUGAAGACGAAGAACACAAGAAGAAAGUUGAAUCAAAGAACGCAUUGGAGAAUUACGCUUACAACAUGAGAAACACAGUGAAAGAUGAAAAGAUUGGUUCAAAGCUCUCACCGGAUGAUAAGAAAAAGAUUGAAGAUGCUAUUGAAGAAGCUAUUCAAUGGUUGGAUAGUAACCAGUUGGCUGAAGCUGAUGAAUUUGAAGAUAAAAUGAAGGAAUUGGAGAGUGUUUGUAACCCUAUCAUUGCUAAAAUGUACCAAGGUGCUGGUGGUGAUAUGGGUGGUAGUAUGGAUGAGGAUGCUCCUCCGUCUGGUGGAAGCGGUGCUGGCCCUAAGAUUGAAGAAGUUGACUAAGCAAUUGGUCAAGGCUCUAUUUUAAAUUAGAUUCGCUUAAAAUACUGUUUAUUGCUUGAACUCGGGUAAUUUAUUUUUAUAUUGGUUUUUAGACUUGUCUCUUAAUGAGAUCGACUUUUAAUCCUUUAUACAUAUGAGACUAAUUAUUUUUCUUUUUAA